GAAGUAUAGAUAUCAAACAUUACAUGGAGGAGGAGGAAGAUAUCUAGCAAAAUGCAACGCCCUCACGCCGUGGUGAUCCCAUACCCGGCGCAAGGCCACCUCAACCCCCUCCUCAAGCUCGCCAAGCUCCUCCACUCCCGCGGCUUCUUCGUCACCUUCGUCAACUCCGACUUCAACCACAACCGCCUCCUCCGCUCCCGUGGUCCCGCAUCCCUGGCCGGCCUCCCGGACUUCCGCUUUGCUGCCAUCCCGGACGGCCUCCCCCCCUCGGACAAGGACGCGACCCAGGACAUUGCCGAGCUCUGCGAAUCCCUCUUGAAGAACGGCCUGCCUCCCUUCUUGGACCUCAUCGAGGCUCUCAACGACGGCUCCCGCGACUGCCCUCGGGUCACGUGCAUCGUCACUGACGGCCACAUGAGCUUCACCCUCGACGCGGCCGAGCGGCUUGGGAUCCCGGCGAUAUACUUCUUCACCACCAGCGCUUGUGGGUUUUGGGCGCAUAGUCAUGUUCGUGGACUCAUUGAGAGAGGGAUAUUCCCACUCAAAGAUGAAUGUCAGAUAAGCAACGGGUAUCUGGAGGCGACGGAGAUAGACUGGGUGCCAGGGUUCCGGAACAUGCGGCUGCGGGACUUCACGAGCUUCGUACGAACCACUGAUCCCGACGACGUCCUGAUCAACUACAACCUCAUACAGACCAAAAACGCGGCCCGGGCCACCGCGGUGAUACUCAACACAUGCGAAGGACUAGAAAAGGAAGUCCUCGACGCCCAACGCCAGAGAUUCGAGAAAGUUCUAUCAAUUGGCCCUCUCCACUUGCUCGAGCGAGCCAUCGAAGAUCCACAGCUCCAGGCGAUCGGGUCCAGCCUCUGGAAGGAAGACGACGCCUGCCUUCCAUGGCUGGACCAGAGGGCCCCGCGCUCGGUCCUCUUCGUGAACUUCGGCAGCAUCACGGUGGUCUCGACCGCGCAGCUGCUGGAGUUCGCGUGGGGCCUUGCAGAAAGCGGGAGCCACUUUCUGUGGGUGAUUAGGCCGGAUUUGGUCAGCGGGGAAUCCGCGAUCCUGCCCCGCAACUUCCUGCAGGAAGUUGCGGGGAGGGCGAUGAUGGUGGAAUGGUGCGCCCAGGAGAGGGUGCUGGGGCACCCGUCACUGGGAGGGUUUCUGACGCACUGCGGAUGGAACUCGACUAUUGAAGGACUUGCGGAGGGGCUGCCGAUGAUCUGCUGGCCUUUCUUCGCGGAGCAGCAGACAAACUGCCGGUACCUAUGCCGGAACUGGGAGGUGGGGGUCGAGAUCGAGGGGGAGGUGAGGAGAGAGAGAGUGGCAGAGCUAGUGAGAGAAGUGAUGGAGGAGGAGAAGGGGAAGGGGAAGAGGUUGAGAGCAGAAGAAUGGAGGGAUAAGAUUCGAGCUGCUGCUCAACCUGGUGGAUCUUCUUGUCUUAACAUGGAUUUGCUAGUCAAUGAGAUUCUUCUUAAGAAGAAUACUAAUUUGUAAACUAAACUAAAGACUUCACAAGUCAUAACCAUGUCAAACUUCAAAGGACAUAUGCAUAGUAAUAAAACAUGAACUUAGAAGCA